AUGACUCGCAUUCUCGUUCUCGAUGGAGGCAUGGGCGCGACGCUCGAGGAGCUCGGACACGACUGCUCCGGCCCGAUGUGGGGUAGCGAGCUGGUCACCUCCAACCCCGGCGUUGUCACGGCUGCCCACAAGGGCUUUGUCGACGCCGGCGCGGACAUUAUCGAGACGGCUACCUACCAGAUGACGGUCGACUCGCUCUCAAGGGCAGGCCACUCGAGCGACACGCACGCCGCUGUGCUCGGCAAGGCUGUCGAGCUCGCCGCGGACGUGUCCGCCGCCUCGACGUCAGCCGUCGCGCUCAGCCUGGGCGCUUACGGCGCCACGCUGCCCGGCGCGCAGGAGUACCGCGGCUUCUAUGCGCCCCCGUACGGCCCCAAGGCCUACGUCGAGGACAGCGACGAGAACGUCAACUACUCUACCGGCGCCGAGUUUGACGGGCAUGUCGCGGCCCUCGCCGCGUGGCACCUCGACCGCCUGCGCGUGUACGCGGCCGAAAAGUCGUGGAACUCGAUCAAGUACCUUGCCUUCGAGACGGUCCCCCUCAUCUCAGAGUACAAGGGCAUCCGGCUCGCCGUCGAGCAGCUGUUCGCCGAGCUGCCGGCCGACGCCGCGCGCCCGCUGUUCUGGAUCGCGUCGGCGUUCCCCAACGGCCACCCGCAGCAGGACGGCAAGGGAGGCCGCGUGAGCGUCGACGUGCUCGUCGACGCGCUCCUCGAGGGCCCCGGCGCACGCCCGCACGGCAUCGGCAUCAACUGCACCGCGCCCGCGCUGCUCGACACGCUCGUGCCCGAGUUUACCGCGGCCGUCGCGGCGCACCCUGCCGGCCCGGCACCGUGGCUCGUAAUCUACCCCGACGGCGGCGACAUUCUCGACCUGGUCAACCGCAAGUGGAUCCGCCAGCCCGGCCAGUCGCCGCCCGAGUGGGCCGCCAAGCUCGCCGGCAUCGCGCGCUCCGCCGAGGCGGCGGGCGACGGCAAGACGUGGGGCGGCGUCAUUGUCGGCGGGUGCUGCGGCGCCAUGUUCUCCAAGAUCACGGCGCUGCGCCAGGCCUUGCUUUAGGGUUGGUUAGCGGGAAGACUGGACCUGGACUGUAGUAGUGUAUUCAUGUUGC